CCUGUCACACGGGCGCGCACACAUGGUCGCUCACUCGCACGCAUGCACGCACGCACACAAUCGUUGUUCAGCCUGGUACAACAGUCAACAAUAAGACAAAAGUUCUGUUGUUCUUUGCAGUUGGAUCGGACCCACGUCACUCUUGUUCUUGUACUGACAGCAGCAACAAGACUAUACUGGACCAUCAGGACCCUCUCAGACCAUCAGAACACACCAAAACCACCAGAACCUCGCAGGCUCAUGGACCCAAAACGUCACUCUUCAAGCUCACAACAGCAGGUUCGACUCAAAAGAAUGAGGACAAAGAGAGAAUGGAGACCGCUGGAGGACCGGAGCUGCACGGACCUGCCCUGGUUCCUGCUCUUCACAGUCUUCUGCGUCGGCAUGGGUAGCAUCUGUGGCUUCACCAUUGUCACCGGUGGUGCGGCUCGGCUCAUCUUUGGGUACGACAGCUAUGGCAACACCUGUGGCCAACGCAACGAUCAGAUCGAAGGCGUGCGGCUGAGCGGCCUUGACCACACCGACAGAAAGUUUGUCUUCUUUCUGGACCCCUGUAACAUUGAUAUUGUCCAGAGGAAGAUCAAGUCCCUGGCUCUGUGUGUGUCCCUGUGUCCCUCUGAGGAGCUGUACACCUACCAGGACCUGAAGAGGUUUGCCAUGGUCAAUGGCUCUGAGUUGUGUUCAUAUGAACUAGCAGGUCAUAAAUAUCCUGGUCUCCCUGAGAGAUUCACUAAAUGUCCUAAACUUCCUGUGCCACGCAGCAAGCCGCUGCCGGUGUUUAACCGCUGCACUCCGGUGGACGUCUCCUGCUACGCCAAGUUUGCAGAGGCUGUGGUGACCUUUGUGGGGGACAGCAGCGUCUUACACCGUUUGAUCGCUGGUGUCGCAGCUAGUAAAGAGAUCAUCAUCGGACUAUGUGUCCUUGCUCUGGGCUUGUCCAUGAUCCUCAUGGUGAUCAUUCGUUACAUCUCCGCUGUCCUUGUCUGGAUCCUCACCUCGCUGGUCGUUCUCGGAUCCCUUGCUGGGACGAGUAUCCUUUGGUGGUUUUACAUUGACUACCAACUUUACGGCAAUGACACAUCCUCCAAAGUCCUGAAAGAGGAGCCAGAGGAGACGAGGGUGGAGCAAAGCAGGGACAGUGGCCAGGCGCUGCUGGUGUAUGCUGUCUCUGCCACCGUCUUCACAAUCAUCCUGCUUCUGCUGAUGCUGUUCAUGAGGAAACGAGUGGCACUCACCAUCGCGCUGUUCCAUGUCGCUGGGAAGGUCUUCACCCACCUCCCCCUCCUCACACUACAGCCUUUUGUUACCUUCUUCGCCCUCCUCCUCUUCUGGGUCUACUGGAUCCUGGUGCUGCUGUUUCUAGGAACCACAGGAAACCCGGAGGAGAAUGAGGAGACCGGACUGACAGAGUUCAGGCUGACAGGUCCUUUGCAGUACCUGACGUGGUACCACGCCGUGGGCCUGGUUUGGAUCAGUGAGUUUAUCCUGGCCUGUCAACAGAUGACUGUAGCUGGCGCCGUGGUUACGUACUACUUUACCAGGGACAAGAACAGGCUCCCAGUGACCCCAAUUCUGUCCUCGGUUCUGAGGCUGGUCCGGUACCACCUGGGAACCGUCGCUAAGGGGUCCUUCAUUAUCACGCUGGUCAAGAUUCCUCGACUCUUCCUCAUGUACAUCCACAACCAGCUCAAAGGACGGGAGAACAUGUGUGCUCGUUGUCUGCUCAAAUCCUGCAUCUGUUGUCUGUGGUGUUUGGAGAAGUGCCUCAACUACCUAAAUCAGAAUGCAUAUGCAGCCACAGCCAUCAACAGCACCAGCUUCUGCUGGUCGGCACGCGAUGCCUUUGUUAUUUUGGUGGAAAAUGCACUGCGUGUCGCUACGAUCAACGCAGUCGGAGACUUUGUGCUCUUCCUAGGGAAGGUCCUAAUCAUGACAUCUACUGCAUUUGCCGGUGUCGUCCUCCUCAACUACCAACGUGAUUAUGCAGAGUGGGUGCUACCGCUCUUCAUCGUGUGUCUCUUCUCCUUCCUGGUGGCCCACUGCUUCCUGUCCAUUUUUGAGAUUGUGGUGGACGUCCUGUUCUUGUGCUUCGCCAUCGACACCAAGUACAAUGACGGCACUCCGGGAAAGGAGUUUUUCAUGGACAAAGCUUUGAUGGAGUUUGUGGAAAGCAGCCGGCGGCUAGAGCGCGCAGGGGGACGUGGGCGGAGCAGAGUGAAGGAGGCUGCAUCAGAACGGGUAGAGAUGAAGCCCAUGGCUCCGGGGACGAGUUCAGCUUGACCAAAAUCAGCCACUGGGACUUCUUAAAGAGACAUUCCAAAUGUUUAUUUUUACCAACGUGUAACAUGUUUACUAUGGUUUCACUCCAGGGAAAAUGAUAUUUUAAUAAGAAACUGUAAAAACGUAACAAUGUAAUGAAGCACUUUAUAUGGAGGCACUGCAGAUUUUAAAACAGGCUGAUGCAUUUUUUUGUAGUGAUGUCGUUUUUAUAAAACUCACUGAACUCAUCGCCCACUGCUCCGUUUCUAACAACGUCACGCGCUUUGUUAACCUUUCUGUUCUGGAGGUGAAGCUCUCCUCACCUGGACUACGUUGCAGGGGCAGGGCCUGAGGACAGGCUCCACAGCUGCCUGUGCUAGCAGAGGGCAGAGUCUAAGACCAGACUUACUGCUGCAAGGUCAUCACCAUGGAAACACACUCCUUGGUCACUGGGACAGAGAUCUGAUUGGCUGUCAGAUCAGUGACCAGUUUCUAAAUUCAGCUGAAAGUUGAGGCCAUGUGACUGGCAGCAUCCAUUCUGCUGACGUCUCAGAUGUUCGCUCACUACAAGACAUAUUAUUGAAAACAACUUCUUGUCCGGUGCCAAGUUCAUGAACCGAAGCUGAGAUUAGAGAAGAACUGUGUGGGUGAAGCUCCGUGCUGCAGUGAUGGUCAGCAAUAAGACAACCUGCAUCUUUUGACCAGAACAACAAGUCUUCCUGCUUCUGUUGCCCCUUCGGACUCUACGAGGUCUCCUGGUUUCAUCAACUACUCCCAAUGUGAUGCAGGUUUCCAGAGCAUCCCACUGAACACAAAGGUUCGUCUGAAUCAAGUGUCCCACUAAACCAGAGCAUCCACAAACUGAGUUUCCCUCUGAACCCAAAUGUCCUCAUCAGCACAAGCGUCCCCCUGAACCCAAGUGUUGUCCUAAAUUCUUUCUGCAACAUAAACCCGUGGAUACCCCUGAACUUGGACAUCCUUGAAACUGUGCAUCACUCUGGACCCAAGUCACCUUUAAUGCAAGCAUUACCCAAAUCUAAGCUUCCCCAUGAACUUGAGUGUCUUACUUAUUCUGAACUUCUCAUCUCACACAUUCCCCAUAACCCAGACACUUUCCCCUGAAACUGUGUGUGUCUCUGAAUAUGAGAGUCCUCUUCAAUUUGAGUUUCCCCCAAAAUCUGAGCAUCCCAUUGAUUCAAGUGUCCCCCUUAACCCAAGCAUCUCUAAAUCUGAACAUCCUUGAACCAGAGCACAGCCCAGAACCAGAGCAUACCCCAGAAUCCAAGGGCCACCCUGAAUGCAAGCAUCCCAAAAAACCUGAACCCCGGCACCCCCCUGAAUCCAAGUCUCCCCCUAAACCCAAGCGUCCCUGAAACUUUGCAUCCUUAAGACUUUGCAUCCCCCUGAAUAUGAACUUGAACCCCGAGCAUCUCAUUGAACCCAAGCGUUCCCCUGAAUUGAACGUCUCCCAGAACCUGAGUGUCCCUCUCCAGACUCGUAGAUUAGAAUGCUGGUGAAGUUGACGAAGUGUCUCAUAACAUCCUGAAAUGUCUUUCAGAAAUACAUUCAUCUGCCACGAACACAUCGCAAACGUCUUAUGUCCAAAAAACUCAUCAUCUAGAAACGAUGAGUCACUGCUCAGCUUCAGCCAAUCAGCGCAUGUCCCACAAAGAAGAAAUUAGCACUCUUCAUACCAACAUCUGGAUCACCACCAAGAACAACAGGAAGCAUCUGGUCGGCUCUCAGAACUAUGUGGUUGAGACUAAAGUCUAGAGGUCAGACUCAGUUUUUCAUACAUGGCACUGCCAAGGCGUUUCCACAGUAAUGGACUAUUCUCUCUGAGAGCAUCCGCCUCUUGGCCUGUGUUUACAUGAUGCAUCUGUAAAGAUGAAAUGCCUCUGAAGAGCCAAGGGAACCUGAUGAAGACGGAGCUCCCUGAACACGGACACACAAGCAUGUUUGAUUAACAGUAGCUGAUGGUGACUAAUUGCACUAAAGAUGGAGUUGGUUCAACACUGACAUCAGAAUAACAUAGCUGAGUGUUUAGAUCAGAUGUGUUUGUUGCUCAGAUAAGGAUCCACCCAUUUGAAGUUCAAAUGUUUAAAUCCUGCUUUCCGACUCGGGGUGAUGCUGCUUCUGUUGCCAAGAUAGAUUAGGUUGCCGAGAGUUUCAUUCCAACUUCACUCUAAUAGGUUAGAGUUUAUGUAAACAUGGAAGUGAAUAAAUCCACCUGCAGGAUGAACUCCAGUGUGAUGCAGAAAUUCACUUAAUUGUUUAACAAUAAAGAAAAACAUUAACCGAUUAAAACUCUAGAGGUUCCAGGGUCGAAAGUUUCUCUAAAACUGAAUCAGGUUGUGAUGAGAUGGUCCAACACACAUCUCUAGGACUCUUCAAGAACGUGUGCAGCUGUAUCAAGGAGAAUCAUGUCCAAAUGUCUGGUGUGUGUGUGUUGGAGGUGUCAGAAUUACCUGCGCAGGUGGUUAUUCAAGAUAUGACAUUCAUCAACAUCAGUAGGAGGCUGCAGCCGACGGGCCUGGCUGUUUUUUCACACCUUGCUGUUUUUCAGUGUUGAGAUGGUUCUGUUUGUUUUAAAUCUGGGAGACUUUCAUUUAUGUUCAUCACAAAAUGUGCUUUUCUACAGUCUGGGAUGAGGUUCAGAGUUGGGACACAGAAACAGGCUCAUGUCAAAAUCUGUAACUCUUCAUCUGUAGGUGAAACAUUCAGAAGUGAGAGGUGACACCAGGACCAUGUCGGAAUGAUGGAACUUAGAAACCAAACUAAGACAUGAAGUUACGCUUGAGAGAAAGUUAAAGGCAUUGAUUUAUAAACACAAAACAUUUGAAAAUAAAACAUGAAGUCUUAAGAGUUUAAUGGUAAAACCAGAGGUCCAAGAGUCAGCAUUAAAGAUCUUCUUAGUUCACUGCUUCCCUCAAGGUCAAGGUCUGAAGCUUUGACACAAAAAGAUGUUCCACCUAAACAGGAACAGCUUCGAGGUUUUUAGUUUACUGCUGAUUUAUGUAGAAACAAAAGGUUCAACCAUGAGUUUCAGAAAGCUUUCGGUGUCAUUUGUUGGAAUAAAACGCUCAACUCAGCUUUUAACCAAGCAACACACAGAGCAGACUUCACCCACAGAGAGAUCGACUGUAGGAACUGAUCCCAGGUCAGCUUUAGGAAGGGAUUUGUGCAGUUUUACCAUUUAGAUAUGUUAAUUAGUUUCAGUCUCAUGAUCGUUUUCCACCUUGAACAAAAAAGGCUCUUUGAAAGGAAACCUUUUCCAUUUCAGCCACGUUAAUGAAAUGCCGUGGCUUGUCAGUUUUGAAAUGGGACCAUUUACAGCCGAGUGUGGUCCUGACCUGGGGAUGUUCCUGACAAGUUGUAGGGACUCUGUCUGCAGCUGGGCAUGGUCCUGACCAGGUAGAGGUCCUAUGCCUGCAGCUGGGCAUGGUCCUGACCAGGUGGGGGUCCUAUGCAUGCAGUUGGGUGUGGUCCUGACAGAGUGGAGGGCCUAUGCCUGCAGCUGGGUGUGGUCCUGACCAGGUAGAGGGACUAUGCCAUAGAGAAGCUGAUGCAUGUCCAUGUUUUUAUAUGGUGUGAAUUAUCUGCUGUUAGAUUCACAGACCUACAGACUGAUAGACGUCCUCAUGACAAACAUAUGUAGAGUCUUGAGAUAGACACAAAAGACUCUUGUCAAUAGUUUAGCUUUUUUCUGCAGUAACGAAUUGUUUGUAACGAAGAACUUUUGCUUUGGUUCUUGGUUGGUUUUUAUAUCAUUUCUUAUGUAUAUUUGUUUUUUAAGAAAAAUAAAAAGCUAAAUUUAAA